ACACCUCUAUCUGAUCCUCUACCUACUGCCUCUACCCCGACCUAAGGCAUCCUAGGGUUGUUCUUCUUCUUCUUCUUCUUCUUCUUCUUCACCUCAUCCCCGGCACUAGCCUACCAACCCCCUACUCCUCUACGCGCUCACGCGCCGCGUCCCCCCAGGAUCCCAGCCGACCCCUCACUCGCCAGCAUGUCGGCAGCAGACGCCCCGGCGGCCGGGGGCACGCUCCUGAUCACGGGCGGGGGCGGCUACGUGGGGGGGCAGAUCGUCCGGGCGGCGCUGGAGGCGGGGCACGGGGUGCGGGCGACGGUGCGGACGGCGGGGGCGGCGGCGCGGCUGGCGGCGCAGCUGGGGCCGCUGGGGCGGCCGGGGCAGCUGCGCACGUCGCUGGUGCCGGACAUGACGGACGCGAGCGGGUACGCGGGGGCGUUCGCGGCCGAGGCCGGCGACGGCGACGGCGACGGCGAGGCUAGCGACGGCGGCGGCGUCGUCGCCGUCAUCCACGCCGCGUCGCCCUUCGUGCUCGCGCCCGACGACGUCGUCCGCGACCUGCUCGACCCGGCCGUGCGCGGCGCCACCGCCAUCCUCGACGCCGUCCGCCGCUUCGGCCGCGGCCGCGUGCGCCGCGUCGUCGCCACCAGCUCCAUCACCGCCGUCCUCGACCUGACCAAGGGCCUGCGCCCCGGCUACACGUACACCGAGAAGGACUGGAACCCGGUUACGUGGGACGAGGCGGUGGCGGGCGACGGCAAGACGGCGUACAGCGCGUCGAAGACGCUGGCGGAGCGGGCGAUGUGGGCGUGGAUGGCGGAGCACGGGGGGGAGGCUGGGGCGGGGUUCGCGCUGACGACGCUGUGCCCGCCGUGGGUGUUCGGGCCGUACGCGCACGCGCUGCGGGGGACGGGGGCGUGGCUGAGCGAGUCGGUGAGGCUGCUGGACGGGAUGCUGGACGCGAGCGCGGUACCGGCCUUCGACUUCGGCGGGUGCGUCGAUGGGCGCGACCUGGGCGCGGCGCACGUGGCGGCGGCGACGACGGCGCCGCGCGCCGCGGUCGCCGGCCGGCGCUUCCUCGUCGGCUACACCUACUCCCACCAGCGCGCGCUCGACCUCGCCCGCGCCGAGCUCCCCGCCCUGGCCGCCCGCCUCCCCGCCGGCACCCCCGGCCGCUGGGACGACGCGUACGCCGUCGACGGCAGCGAGGCCGCCCGCGUCCUCGGCGUCGCCUACCGGCCCCUCGCCGACACCAUCCGCGACUCCUUCGUCCAGCUCCUCCAGGCCCGCGAGCUCGAGGCCGCGGACCGCGCUAAGGCUGAGGCUGAGGCUGAGGCUGAGACGCGGGCAUAGUGGUGAAAAAGUAAAAAAGGGGGGGAAGGGGGGAAGGGGGUGAGGGAAGGGGAGCACCGUGUAGAUCGUAUAGACGGGUGGAGGGCACUUUGAAAUUCUCUAGACUUGAACGAUUCUGCUCUUGCUG